AUGGAGGUUGAAAAACACCUAAUGGGAAUUCCAUCAGACAGCAGCACUAGUAGCAGUGAUGAGAUGAAGAUGAACACUAUUUACGACAAGGUCCGGUACCUUGUGUCCGGCAAUGCAGUGGUGGUGUUCACCAUCAGCGGCUGCUGCAUGUGCCACGUGGUGAAGCAACUCCUCUUCAGCCUCGGUGUGGGCCCAACGGUGGUGGAGCUGGACAGGGAGGAAGCUGGCCUGGAUAUCCACCGCUUCCUGAGCCAGAUUGCCGGAGAAGGACAGCAGCAUCCGGUGCCUGCAGUGUUUGUGGGAGGGAAGUUCUUGGGAGGAGUCGAAACCCUGAUGGCUUGUCAUAUUAAUGGCACUCUUGUUCCUCACCUCAAGGAUGCUGGUGCUCUCUGGCUCUGA